GGUGUUCAGCCCUAACCAGACUUCUAUAGCAACCUGUCCCCACAAGCUCAAGGAACAACAUGGAAGAAGCGGCUAAAAGAACGUAAGGGCAGGAGGGUGGGGAGAAGUGCUGUGGAAUGUGUCUUCUGUACUAGAAGAGGAGGUCACACUGGACUCGAGGCUAGGGUUUCUCCUGGCCUUUAUGCCUGUCUAGGAAAAGGUGUCCGUGAUUCUCCACUCCAAGAGAAAGAAGAAAAGCUGAGGGGAGCAUACCCCGGUCUUCAAGAGAGGAAAGGUCAGAACGCCUAAACUUAUUGGACAGAGUUCAAAGACAAGGCAGACGGGCCAGCGCUCUCCCGGGGGCCAACUGGGGAGGAACAAAAAAGGUGCUGAGACGCCUCUGCAGAAGGUGCCCCUCAUAGCCCAGCAGCCCAUGAUCAGCUCCAGCUGCCUCCCUUCAACACCGAGAGAUGCGGGCGGCGGGGCUGCUGCUGCUGCUGCUGCUCCUGCUCCUGGGGCUGGCUAGCACAGUGCACGGGCUCUGCUCACCUACUGUGUUCUACAGAGAUUGCUGGAUCCGCCGCUUCCCGGGGCUGCUCUUGGACCUGGAGGAGUCUCAGAGGCUGGGCGCCCAGUUCCUCAAGUACUAUUCGGAGAACACGGGGCAGAAGUGCGGCCGGAGCUGCUGCCUCCGGAAGGAUGUGUCCUGUAAUGUGGCUGUCUUCUUCCACGAUCCCAUCCACGACAAUGUCAACUGCCUACAUGUCCACUGCCCAACCCUGGAGAGCUGCAUCCUGGAGCCCGGGACCAGUGCCGUACUGUAUAACAUAACAGCAGGCAUAGACCCAGACCUGCUGGUUUUUGAGCAUUUAUCUCCCACCUACUCAAACACCCGCUCCUCGUCCGAACUAUGGGAUAGACUGCGGAUGCUAAAAGCUAUGAAUGUAGGUAGUGAAGGAGUAUACCCAGAUGUGAUGAAUCACAUGGUGCCAUCCACAGAGGCAGCGUCAACUACACAUCAGGAUUUAGGUAUGAGCACAGGGAUCAGUUACUCCAGGAAGUCAACCACGGAUGUGGAGUUAAGAUUCACUUUGGCGAAUGUGCCCAUUGCUACCAAGGUCAACAUGGUGUCAACAAGGACAGACUUCACCCACAGUCCAGACAACAGGACUAUUUCUCCUUUCUUUGGACCCACAGACACAAGCGUUUCCCAGGUGCCCAGCCAAUCUCGACUCAACAUCAGCAAACCAUCAGUGAAUAAAACAAAGGGGUCCCACAGUGGGAACCACGCGUCCGAGAGCCAAGAGCCACGGGAUGGAGCGCCAGCGUCUGCAGGGGCCUGGCUGGCUUGUGUGACCCUGGGUGCUGCCAUUGUCAGCCUUUGCUGCCGUGUGGUCCUCGGGGCAUCCCGGUGCUGUGGGAAGCAGCAGAGCUGGUCUCGUGGACAAGGGUCAGGAUCUGUGUGUAAGCGUAACACACUGAAGGAAAGCUCCUAAGGCUUCCUGUGAGAAAGAGCAUUCUAUAAAAGAAAUUUAAAAAAUAAAGAUGUUCUAGGAUACCAGUAUCUACCCAAAGGCAAAGGCUUAGUAAAACUGUCUGCUUUCCUGAUGAUUCCCAUUUCCUGAAUUGAGAGGAAGGGGAGGGCAUCCUAAGACAGAAGUAAUAGCACCUUUGAUCCCAGCAAGGUCAGUCUCAGUUGGAGUGAGUCCAGGGCUAGCCCAGGUCAGUCUCAGUUGGAGUGAGUCCAGGGCUAGCCCAGGUCAGUCUCAGUUGGAGUGAGUCCAGGGCUAGCCCAGGUCAGUCUCAGUUGGCGUGAGUCCAGGGCUAGCCCAGGUCAGUCUCAGUUACAGAGUGAGUUCUAGGCCAGCCCCAGCUAUAUGGCACCCUGUC